AUCCCACGUCUCUCCUUCUAUCCUCACCAGCUGUUUCCUCCCCCUCCUCCCUCUGCUCUCAGUCUUGCUGCCGUCGUCCUGCUGUGUCGUCCUCUCAGUCCUCUGCUGGACCGGCUCACUUCAUCCCUCCUGCCACACUCACUCAGUCGGAGCAGCCUUCUCUUCAGCCAGGAUGGAUGUAUUGAUGAAGGGUUUCUCCAUGGCCAAGGAGGGGGUGGUGGCCGCCGCCGAGAAGACCAAAGCUGGCAUGGAGGAGGCGGCCGCCAAGACCAAGGAGGGGGUGAUGUAUGUCGGCAAUAAGACAAAAGAGGGCGUUGUGUCAUCAGUAAACACAGUGGCCAACAGGACUGUGGAUCAGGCAAACAUUGUGGGAGAUACAGCGGUGGCCGGAGCCAACGAAGUAUCACAGGCAACCGUGGAGGGGGUGGAGAACGUUGCUGCGUCCACCGGACUCAUGGGCCAGGAGGAGCCUGUAAAUGAGGGAGAGUAUGGAGGGAUGGAGCAAGGCGGCGAAGGAGGAGAGGGUUACUAGCUGCCAUCAGAACCCGCCAUCAUCAUCAUCAUCAUCUUCAGUCAUCUGCCGCAGCUCCUGUCUUCUUCGCUGUUCAACGCACCAGAACAUAUUUUUUUGUGACUAUCAAAACUAAAACGGACUCUACCGGAUGCUGCACCCCCACUUCCUGUCACACCCCCCUAACUUCCCCGCAGCCUGUAGCUUCUUCCUCCACUGCUGCCUGUCUUCUGCUCCUGAGUGUUCGUGUCGUCCUGAGAUAACCCCAGUGUUGUUACUGCCCCACACCGUCAUCCUGCACAUGAAUGACACACACACACACAGACACGAAGCAUCAAUACCAGCAGAGACACACCAGCACCAGUGUGUGGCCAAAGAUGCGCGUGUGGACCUCGGACACAUGAAGCGAGUGCAUGUUUAAAAUAUUUAAAAAAAAAAAAAAAAAAAAGUGAGGGUGAAGCAAAAAUGAGAUUAAGACACGCCUGUUGUUCGCACAGUAGUAGGUUUGCCACUCUAGACUGCAUGAACAAUUAGUUGGGUGUUGUGUAUCCAUAGAGUAGCAGCUGAUUGUGUGUAGCUUUGUACGGCUUUGCUGUGUCCUGUUGCAAAAGAUAGCCAGCAAGUUGGAUUGCUUAGUUCAGCUAGAUGUUAAGAGGGCGGGGAAGACGUGUGUUGCAAGAUCACACGCGACCAGAAGACUAUUCGAUCAACGUCUUUAAUAAUGAUCAGAAUAUCAAGAGCUAAACCAGGAUACACAGACGACUUUCCCCAUUCAGACCAAAAAUAAUGACACAUGAUGUCUUAACUUUUGUUUUGAAACUUUAGGGAGAUUUUUAAAAAGAACGCAGGAGACACUAAGCAAUCCCACUCAAGAGUAGAAGCUCAUCUAAGAUUCACAGGAUCUAAGUGGACGUUAAGUGAUAUGAGAACAGUAUUCUGAAUACAGGAAAUGUCCCAUCUUUUUUCCCUUUUCAGUUGGGCUCUGUGCAAUAAUAAGAAAUACAAAAUAGAAGUACCAAACUCCGAAGGAAGCGCAAGUAAGUCAGUGUUGUUAUUGUGGCUUUACAGUAUUGGUGUGCUCGCCUUGCAUGGCAUAGGGAUGUCGAUGCAGUUAGCUGAGUCAAGCAAAGAUGAGCUCCAAGUGUUUAUUAUGGGAUGUCUGUGCUUCACGCUUCGUAUCACCGGCUGAGUUGGUAUUUCUUUAGUCACACACUGUUGCUGCUGCCUGUGAAGUGUGCGUGUGUCUGGCGGCGCUCGUGGUUGCGUGUGUAUGUGUGUGAGUGUUUGUGUGUUGACUUUGAACAGGAUUAGCCAGCAAAGUGUACGUGUGUUGGUUUCUGGAGCAGAAUUGUGUGUUUUUACUUUCAAGGCCAAUGGAACCUGAUGACUGCAUGUUGCCUUACCAAGCAAUCCAACUCACACACAGUUGUAUUUAUUCUCCCGCUCCCUCACAGAACACACACACACACACAAAUAACAAAACAUGUUUCAGUUGAAGCAAAGUCGCUGAUUUUAUAAACUAUAGCAGUGUAAUUAAAAGGUUUGGUUGAAAGUC